AUGACCAAUAAAGAUCUGGAUGUGUUUCAAAUAGGCAGCGUCACAAGUCACACAAACUUGGAGGAUCAUGAGGUGAACCUUCAAGCGUUACAAUCUCACCCUAUAUCAAUUGGAGAAGUGGGUACAACUUUAACCAAUGCCCAAAAGGAUUUCGUUUUACACAGAUUGCAUUUUGAUGCAUUAGAUACAUUUGAGGAUUUGCCGCCACAAGCAACAUUUGUGUUUGAGAAAAUUGAGGAAAUGUCGAUUGAAGAAGCGGUCAAGAUCUUGAAAGAAGCAGUGAGGGAGCAUAUCGAUGACGUCAAUAUUCUUGGGUCUGAUAUAGAAUUGUGGAAGAAAUUAAUCAACUAUGAGGAACCAAAGCAACUGUACAAGGAUAAUUUGAAGCAUAUGUUUGGAUUGAAAUUAAAGACGGCUUCGGUGGAAUCAACAAAUGAGAUUAAACCACAAGAGGAGUUUCAAGAAAAAGAGCAAAAAGUGUUACCACCAGUCCCAGAAAAACAAACUCUUGCCAAUGAAAGGGAACCCAGAGGAGUUUCGCCAGUAGUAGGACAAUCUAGUGUCUUGAGCGACACUGAAGAACACAAACUCGAUUACCACGAUGUUGUUGACUGGGAAUUACAAGUCAGGUUAGAAGCUGUCAUUAUUGCUUAUUGGUCCCCGUAUGCACAAGUGCGAGCUGUCACUGAUCCAUUCGAUGAUCCUACAGUCCCGGCAGAAACUUUGCGAGUAUACAUCAUUUCAUUGAUUUGGAUUGGUCUUGGUGCGGUCAUUAAUCAAUUCUUUAGUGAAAGAUUCCCCGGUAUUGGUCUCAAUAUGUCUGUUGUACAAGUGUUCUUGUACCCCAGUGGUAAACUUUUGGAAUGGAUCUUGCCCAAAUGGAAAUGCAAAGUAUUUGGUUUUACAAUCGACUUGAAUCCAGGUCCAUACACUUUUAAAGAGCAGAUGUUAGCCACCAUCACAUGUGGUGUGUCAUCGGGAACCUCGUAUGCUUCGGUGAACAUCUUGAUGCAAAAAUCAGACAAGUUUUACGGUAACGAAUGGGCUAAUUUUGGGUAUCAAGUUUUAUUGACAAUGGCUACGCAAUACAUGGGAUUCUCACUUUGUGGAAUCCUCAGAUCAUUUGCAGUUUAUCCAGUUAAAGCAGUAUGGCCACCGAUUUUACCAAACAUAAAGUUGAACAAGAUCUUGACUUCACCGGAAAAGAAAUCAAUCAUCAAUGGAUGGUCAAUAUCGGGGUACAAAUUGUUUUUCAUCACUUGUGCUACUUCGUUUGUCUAUUUCUGGGUCCCCAAUUAUUUAUUUGCUGCUCUUUCCACUUUCAAUUGGUUAACUUGGAUCAAACCCGAUAACUUCAGCCUUGCCCUUGCUACUGGAUCGUUUGGUGGACUUGGUGUCAAUCCGAUCCCCACUUUUGAUUUCAACAUCAUUGGAGCUGAUAGUUUCUAUAUCCCAUUCUACACUAACUUCAUCGGGUAUCUUGGCUCCAUUGUUUCCAUGUUUAUCAUCAUUGCAAUCUAUUAUAGCAAUUCAGCUUGGACUGGGUAUUUGCCCCUCAAUUCAAAUAGUUUGUUUACAAAUACUGGGGAAGAAUAUGAUGUGCUGUCAAUUCUCAAUGACAACGGGUUAUUUGACCAAAAAAAAUACGAAGAGGUUGGCCCACCAUUCUACUCAGCCGCUAGUUUGCUAUGCUAUGGGGCAUUUUUUGCCUUGUAUCCAUUUCAGCUUGUUUACGAAUUCGGCACGCAGUGGAGACCAAUGUAUGAAGCAACGAAAUCAGUGAUUAAUGGAUUCAAAAAGAUCAAGAGGUCGGUGUAUCGAGAAUUAACAGAUCCACAUUCGGUGAUGAUGAGAGCGUACCCGGAAGUUCCAGAUUUAUGGUAUGUUGGUAUUUUGAUUAUUUCCUUAGUGUUGGCAAUCGUGUGUGUUGAAGUGUAUCCAACCGAAACACCAGUAUGGGGUAUAUUUUUCGCUUUGGGUAUCAAUUUUGUCUUUUUAAUCCCAUUGACAUCGCUUGCUUCAAGAACUGGUUACCUGUUUGAAUUGAAUGUGUUGGUAGAAUUGAUUAUUGGUUACGCAAUCCCCGGUAAUGGGAUCGCCUUGGCUUUGAUCAAGACUUUAGGUUACAAUAUUGGUGGUCAAGCAAACAAUUUUGUCAAUGACUUAAAACAAGGACAUUAUGCAAAGAUCCCCCCUCGUGCCAUGUUUAGAAGUCAAUUAUUGUCCGUGCUCGUUACAAUGUUUAUCCAAUUGGGUAUUAUAAAUUACCAAAUCACUGGCAUCAAAGAUUAUUGUGACUUGAACAAUAAACAGAAAUUCUAUUGCUAUGGUACCAGAGAUUUUUACAAUUCAUCAAUUCUAUGGGGUGUAAUUGGACCAAGAAAAGUUUUCAGUGGGUUAUAUCCAGUCUUGCCUUAUUGCUUCUUGAUUGGACUUGGGGCCGGUUUAUUGUGUGUUGCUUACAAGAAACUUGUUCCAAUAAGGUACUCAUUAUACUUUGAACCAACUAUUUUUUUGGGGGCAUUUCAAAAUUGGGCACCAAGCAAUCUAUCGUACUAUACUGGUGGUCUAUACCUUGGAUAUGCAAUGAUGCAUUAUGUCAGAAGGAAGUACGAAGCUUGGUGGCAAAAAUACAACUAUCUACUAGGCUCAGGAAUUGAUGCUGGUAUCGCUUUUUCAUCGAUUAUAAUCUAUUUUGCUGUGCAAUAUCACGAAAAGAAUAUAGAUUGGUGGGGCAACACGGUACCAUAUGAUGGCUUGGAUUAUCAAUUGAGGGAUACUGUUUCUAGGUUGGAUAUCGCUGAUGCUCCCGAUGGAUAUAUAGGUCCGAGAAUAGGACACUUUCCUUGA